AUGGCGACUAAGUUUGAGAUGAGUGACCUUGGGAAGUUAACCUACUACUUAGGCAUAGAGGUCUUGCAAAGCGAUGAAGGCAUCACACUUAAACAAGACAGAUAUGCUCGCAAGAUACUUGAAGAAACCAGAAUGAGCUUGUGCAAUCUAACUCAUGUACCAAUGGAGAUGAAUGCAAAAUUUUCUAAGGAGCCUAACGAGGAAAAGAUCGACGAGAAGGAGUAUCGGCGUAGCAUUGGCUGCCUGCGUUACUUGUUGCACACUCGUCCUGAUUUGUCGUUCUCCGUUAGAGUACUUAGCAGGUACAUGCAAGCUCCUUGUGCGUCACAUGGCUCGGCCUUAAAACAGAAUGAACAAAUUGAAGUGGAACAUAUUCCGGGGAGUGAACAAAAUGCGGAUAUACUUACUAAAUCACUUGGUAGAGUUCGUUUCAAGGGGAUGAGGGAUUUGAUUGGAGUUAGAGAUGUGAGUGAAGAUAGGUUCAAGCUUAAGGGAGAGAAUGUUGGAUAA